AUGGACGGCUGCGUCUUCUUCCCCCAGGAAACGUUCACCUUCGAGUACGACGUGGGCCUGUGGACGUUCGGCUCUGUCCAGGUCAUCAAGGAACGCGCCUCCGGGGCGCUCCGGUUCUGCAAGUCGGUGCCGCGGGUGGCACUGCGCGGCCAGCCCGGGGAGGCGGUGGCGAGGCUCAGGAAGCUGCAGGGCCUCAGGCAGAGGCACAUCUGCCCCGUCGUCGAGGUGCUCGAGGACGCGUCGAACAUCCUGAUCAUCUCCGAGAAGACGGCUGGCGGCGACGUCGGGGAGUGGACGGCGAGGGUCAUGGAGGAGGGCAACUGGCUCCAGGAGCCGGGCCAGCCCCCGGCCUUCUCCGGGCCCAGGAGAAUUGAGGCGGAGGUGGACUGGGCGGGUUGCGGCCCCAGGUGGCGCGGUGGAAAGGAGUGUGAGGCGGAGGUGUGA